GGGCGGCGGGGCGCGCGCGGGGCAACGGCGGGGCGCGCGGGCCAUGGCGGGCCUCCCGCUGUACCACGUGACGCCGCGGCGCCCCCUCCGCGCGCAGGCAGCGGAAGCGGCGGGUGCUGAUCCCGCCCCGCGGCGGGGCCGGCGGGAAGUGAGGUUCGCGGAGCCGCCCCCGCCGCGGGAAGGCGGCAGCUUCAGUCCCGAGCGGCGCGGAGAGGAGGCGUCCGCCGGGGCCGGUCGGGGCAGGGGGCGGCGGCGGCGGCGGUUGCGGCGCCUCGGCGGGGCGGCAGCGGCAGGAGCAGCAGCAGCGGGCAGGAUGGUGGGGGGGAGCGACGGGCAGGCUUCGCCUGACGCCACCGAGCUGAAGCGCAGGCGGAAGAGCCCCCGGUUGGCGGCGGCGGCGCGGGAGGAGGAGGCCGAGGCGGAGGCCACGGCCGAGCCCGGCCCCGGAGAGGCGCUGGAGGGAGAGGAGCAUCCCUUUGGGAAUCCAGACUCCUUGACCCGACCCCCUAUAAAAGCGUGUAGAGCGGCAGGCAGUUCUUCAAUUAACUUUCUUCAAGAGAAUCCAAUAAAGGAAAAAGCUUACGACAGUAAUGAACCCGAGAAACCCUCAGGCCAUCGACCAAACAUUCAUACACCGUUAAAAGAAAGAAAGGCUGACUUCCUAGAGAAAAAUCAAGAGCAUCAUACAAUUACACCACAGAAAAGGAGGAGCAAAUCUAAGAGAGGAUUUUGCAAGAUCUGGACUUUGUUACUCGGUCUGUUAAUUAGUAUCUUAUUGGCUUAUGUCCUGUGGAGUGGAAUCCCCAGUCUUCUGGAUGCAACUUUGUCAAGUAAAGAUACUCAAAUUCUGCAAGCAUUUCGGUCCCGGAUGAAGAAACUAAGAAAUACUUACCAAAGUCAGGACCCCAAUCUGUGGAAAAGAACCCACGUGUUCCUUGAAAAACAUCUUAAUGCUUCCCAUCUGCAUUUGGAGCCGGCCAUCUUACUGUUCACAGCUGGCCAAGAAGCUGAGAAAGCGCUGAGAUGCCUAAGUAACGAGAUUGCCGAUGCUUUUGCCUUCUCCCAGAAUGCUACUACAAUCAAAAUUAACGGGGCAGACAAAGCCAUAUUGGAUAGUGAUGCUGUCAAGCUGGAGGUAGAUGAUGAGCUCAGCUCUGGGUUCAAAGAAGGGAAGAAGGUGGCAGUGGUGCAUCGAUUUGAGUUACUGCCUGCAGGCUCCACCUUAAUCUUUUACAAGUACUGUGACCACGAAAAUGCAGCAUUUAAGGAUGUGGUUCUCCUGCUGACAGUUCUCCUGGAUGAGCAGUCGCUGAGAAAGAGCCUCACCUUGCAAGAAGUUGAGGAGAAAGUCCGGGAUUUCCUCUGGGCGAAGUUUACCAGAUCAGAUGUUCCUAGUUCUUAUAAUAGCAUGGACACAGAUAAGCUGAGUGGACUGUGGAGCCGUAUAUCUCAUCUUGUGUUGCCUGUUUGGCCUGAAAAGGGCCUUCCUGUGGAGGGAUGCGCAUAAAAGUUACUGGAGAGGACUCAGGAAAGGAGGAAGACAGAAAACUUAUGUUGCAAUGGCUGAACAGGGAAGAACUCACUGUCACUGCUGAGCUCAGGAAGCAUACAGUCCUUUCUGUGCAAAGAAAUUCCACGAACUGGCAGGGUCGUUUCUGGUAAAGUAACUGGGACUUCUCUAAAUCAACUGCAGAACUUGCUGGUUGUUGGUAAGUUGUGUUCAGUGACUUACUCAGGAUUGGUGUCCUGCAGCUGGAAGUAAGUGCCCACUGGCGCAGAACCACUCAUCGGCUUCCGAAGCUGUCUUGGUUCCCUAUUGGCUUUGCUAUGAGGAACCUUUUCUGGUGGUGUAUAAAGCUGGUAUCGUGUUUGACAAGGUAAUAGGAUGCAAAAACAUCACCUUCAUCUGCCAGCGUUGCUUACUUUUUUCUUCUAACGUAAGAAAAAUCAUAAACUGAAAAUGAUGAUAAAGUGAUGUGAGUCUAAGCACAAGCAUUUUCUUGAUCUAUUCGAUCACAACAUAGAUGUCAGCUGUCUCUGGUGACUUCUAGAAAUGGCAAAAUUGCUUGAAAGAUUUGUGAGACUUGUAGAGAACCUUUCAGCAAGCAUUUCUUCCUUAAAUGAGACUGCCCCAAACAGUUCUGGAAAGUGAGAAAAGCUGAGGUAUGAAGGAUUGCUUGAUGUUAGUAGUACUGACGUCAGUUAAAUAAUCCCUCGGCACCUCUUUGCCUCACUGCUUCCAGGAAUUCUCUGCUCUUUGUCAAAGUUCUGCAAGUCUUAAAAUUUGGAGGGGGAAUUGAUAAAAUGUCAGUCAUGUGUGUACUAAAAAUCUGUUACAGCUUCUUUCCAAACAAAAGUUUAGGAAGACAUAGGUUAUUUCUCAUUUUAAUAAGAUAAUUAUUUUUGCAUCAAGAGAAUUUAUUUAUUUGUGGUACUUGGUAUCCUAGAAAAAGAACCUUUCUUCAUGUGUCUGCAUAUAACCUGCUGCUUGCUGUAUAAGCUUCUAGUGAAGAACAGAUUAGCAAUGCAUGUUUUUAAAGUACAUUUUUAAGAGUGCCUCAUGCCAAGAAUCCCUCACACCAGACUAGAAACACGUACUUGUUUCGAUUGUAACUAUUUUGCAUUAAAAAAAAAAAGAGAAUUGCCGCACUUCCAUGUCAUUGCUGUUGGUGUAUGCUCUUGAACUAUUGGUCCGUGUGCAUUUGGUUUUAUUGAGUAUGAAGGAACGUGUGAAGACUGCUCUCAAAUUAAUAGGACAUUUUCUUGUAACAGCUGAGAGAUUAAUGGCUCUUGGACCCAUCCUUUAUUCACAAGCCCCUUGAGCUGUCCUGUUGCAAAAAGUCCUUCUUACCCAGGAAAAACUGUUGAGGUGCUGGAGUUUCUGGCUUCUUUGUGCCAGCAAAGGUUUGAGGUGUUACGUGGAAUGAACCAAAAUCAUCUUAAGCAUAUAAAAGAACACAGUUUGAGACACGCAAAGCUGUGGUCGCUUAAACCAGAGGUGGAUUUGUUCUAACCACUGAGAGGCAGCGAUGGAUAGUGCUUUUUAUUUUAAUGAGCAGAAAUAUAAACAGUGAAAAGACAUGGAAGUGCUGCUGUUUUGGGUGUUUAAGAAUAGCUCAGGAAGGAAAAGAUGGCAUUUACAUUUUGGACAUUUCACUGGACAAAUAUUUUUUUAAA